AUCGUCGUUCAACGCCAGUUCUUUAACUGAUAGUAUAAGUUAGACUUUCGAGGGCGUGAGUUUGAAACGACCAGUCGUGCAAUUGCUGCAAACUGAGUUGCUCAAGAAGACGAAUUAAGAAAAUCUGGUGCUUUGGUUCCCCAAUCUCCCUGCAUGGUCUUCCAAAGCGACGAGAGGGAGAGAGAGAUGGGUAUAGAGAUUGGAGGGCAAAUAGAGAAAGUGAAUGGUAAAGAACUGAGCUAUAAUGAGUUCAUCGAGAGAUAUUUAGCAAAGAACCAACCAGUGGUGUUAACGGGUCUCAUGGACGACUGGAGAGCUUGCGAAGAUUGGGUCACUGCUGAUGGCUUCCCGAAUCUUCAAUUCUUUUCUACCCUUUUUGGUAAAUCCAAAGUUCAGGUCGCAGAUUGUGGGACUAGAGAAUUUACGGAUCAGAAGAGAGUAGAAAUGACAGUUUCAGAAUUCAUUGACAAUUGGGUUGAGGGUAAUGCUUCUCAUGAUGUGGACAAUGAAAAAUCCUUGCUAUAUUUGAAGGAUUGGCACUUUGUAAAGGAAUACCCUGAAUAUGUAGCAUACAGAACCCCAAUAUAUUUUUCUGAUGACUGGCUCAACCUAUAUCUCGACCAUCAUUGCAUCCAUAAAGAUCCUGUCACUUACCAGGACAAUAAUGAAAUAUGCUGCUCGGACUAUCGUUUUGUUUAUAUGGGAGCAAAAGGAUCUUGGACUCCUCUUCAUGCUGAUGUUUUCAGGUCAUACAGUUGGUCAGCAAAUGUUUGUGGGAAGAAGAAGUGGCUUUUUCUGUCUCCUCCCCAGUGUCAUCUUAUAUUUGACAGGAACUUGAAGAACACUGUUUAUAACAUAUUUGAUGAUGUUAGCGAAACGAUAUUUCCAGGUUUUAAGAAGGCUAUCUGGUUGGAAUGCAUUCAGGACUGCAACGAAAUUAUCUUUGUGCCUAGUGGAUGGUAUCAUCAAGUUCAUAAUCUGGAAGAUACAGUAUCGAUAAACCACAAUUGGUUCAAUGCAUAUAAUCUUUGUUGGGUGUGGGAUUUGCUAUGGAAAGACUACAAGGAGGCAAAAGAGUACAUAGAAGACAUCAGGGAUAUCUGUGAUGAUUUUGAAGGUGUCUGCCAACGCAAUCUUGCAGCUAACACAGGCAUGAAUUUUAUAGAUUUCUUUAUCUUCCUGGCACGUUUCUUCUUGGCCAAUGCUGUUCAACUCUACUGUCGAUGCAGAGACAAUAAAAUCUUAUUCAGCAGAUCAUACAAAGUGAAUCAGCAAUUAGCUAUCAAUUUAACUUCAAUACAGAAAAUUGCACUUAAAAUGAAAUCCAGUGAAGGGGUGGCUGCAAAUGGAGGCUUCUUCUUGGAUUUGAAAGAAACUUUGGAUGAUCCUGAGUUUCUUAAGCUGUGUUCUGACAUGGGCAGAACAUAUGGUGUGAUACAUGAACAACAGGAAUGGAAUAGCAAUACCAAGAAAGCUUUGGUAAUUGAUCUUUUAGAGUAUAGUUCUUCAAUCUGUAGUUUUGAAGAUUUUGUUAACUUCAUAGACUAUGUUAUAACAAAACUUGGAAACACUUGCUGUGAGGAAAAUAUUUUGCAGCCUACAUUAGAUUGCUAGCGAAUCGUCAAAGAUUUAAUGCUGUAAUUUUCAUAUUCCACUGUUAAUUUUUAUGUAUUCCAAAUUAGGACAUUCAACUC